GAGGUCACGUGACAGGCUUGAGUUAUCAGACGGUUUUUCAUAUACCGUCGAUAUAGAAUUGACGAGAAGUGUAGAUUUCAAGCUAAUUCGUAAAAGGAACCAAGAGAACUAUAUAGGGAAAUGUACGAGUGAAUAAGGAAUCAUGCACAGAAAGACUCGCCUCAAAAUAAACCCCUCCCUUAAUCCCCACCUCAUCUGUGUGUUGUGUGGUGGCUACCUUAUAGACGCGACAACCAUUGUGGAGUGUCUCCAUUCCUUUUGUAAAACCUGCAUAGUCCGGUACCUUGAAAGCAGCAAGUUCUGUCCUAUUUGUGAUGUCCAAGUCCACAAAACAAAACCUUUCACUAACAUCAGAUUAGACCAUACUCUGCAAGAUCUGGUAUAUAAAUUAGUGCCUGGAUUGUUUCAAAAUGAAAUGAAAAGGAGAAGAGAUUUCUACAAAGAAAGAGGGCAAGAUGUGGACAGCAUGUGGAAUGAUCCGAAUAGGCCGGAGUACUACACGGACGAUGACGGCGAAAUCCAGAGAGAAAGGGUGAUAUUUGCAGAGGACGAACAAAUUAGCCUAGCGCUGCAUCUCAGUCCAGACGGAAAGUCUCCAAAACCAUCUUUAAAAUCUAAUGAAAAGAUGGGAAAAGAAUCUGGUGACUGUCGAUACCUUUUGUGUCCAGCAGUAGUGACCAUUGGUCUACUGAAGAAAUUCAUCCGCCUCAAAUUUUCUCUAAGCGACCGUUAUCAGAUAGAUAUGUAUCAUACAGACGAAGUCCUAAGUGAUUUCUAUACCCUUAUUGACGUGGCUUACAUUUACAUGUGGAGACGGAAAGAACCAUUGUGUUUAUACUACACGGUGUACACCAAUCCAGCCAAAAGGUUUAAACGGGAAAUUUCGUGUACUGAAACAUUGAAUCUGGAGAAAGUCAAGGCAACGACAGCAGAGGUGGAAAUCGAAAAGAAAAAUACUUCCCUGGACGAUAAACCGGAACGAGAGAACGAGGAGAAGUCCAAGGUUAAUGAAUUAGAAGAAUCAACGCAGUCUAUUACUUCGUUGCAUGAAAAUAAUAAAGAAACAAAGACUUCUGAUGCUUUUGAGAAAACCAUUCCUCCUUCGUCCACGUUGGAAUCAAUCACAUCUUUAAAGGAUGUAAAAGACAGUAUCUCUGCGAUGGAGAUAACUGAGUCAAAGAAAGGGACAAGUGAGUCAAAAAGGGAAACAAACGAAUUAGGAAAGGAAACUAACGAGACAAAUAGAGGGAAAACUGAAUCAAAAAGGGAAACAAACGAGUCAAAAAGUGAAAUAAGUGAGUCAAAAAGGGAGGCAAUCAAGUCAAAAAGAGAAUCAACCGAGUCAAAAAGGGAAACAACCGAGUCAAAAAGGGAAACAACCGAGUCAAAAAGGGAAACAAUCGAGUCAAAGAGGGAAAUUAGCAAAUCAAUAAGUGAGAAAUGUGAGCCUUCAAAAGAGUUAACUAAAACAAAUGACACAAUGAAUAGUGUUCAAACAGAAAAACACAAUACUCCAUCGCAGGAACUUCAAGAAAAAGUAAGCAUUUCAAAGGCGGAAAACUUUACACUUUCACAGAAGAGUUUGAAAGGGGAAAUCUCUUGUAGUGAAAGUGAUUCCAAUAAGAUUAAGGCAAUUCCAAUGGAAAUAGACAAGUCGCCUUCUAAAAAUGUCUCCUCUCCGUCGUUCAUCCUAGCUAAAUCUCCCGCCAAAAAAGAAAAGCAUUCUAAAAGCAAAUCUGAAAAACAACCUCCAACUCCGACAUCGAAGUCCGCGAUAUUGGUUGUUCCUACUUCUGAUAUUUCGUCCAGUGCGAACCGUAUUCCCAAGCUUAAACUGAACACAUCAAAAUACACCUCACAGGGUAUUGUCACGAAGAGCACUACACUGACAACACCUGUGUAUUACCCCCGCGUAACACAGAAGCCAACUGUGUCAACUUCUGAUUCAAAUGGUGCUGAUAAACUUCCAUCGAAUAUGGCUGACAAAACUACGAAGAAAAUGUGUACACAAGACAACUGUGCAAAGUCCUCCUCUUUGGAUAAAUGCAUAGAAAAGAAAAUAUUUUUUUCUAAAAGUUCACCCGCUAAGAAUUCGACGACAGAGAAAAUUAAUUCUGAUACUUCAAGUAAAUCAACUUCCACUGCCAAAAGCAAGAUAUCUCAAAAUGGCUCAGCCAAAGUUGUAUCAAACAACGACAUUAAUGUGAAAAAUGAGUCUAAUAAAUUAUCUAUUAAAGUCGGUGCUACUAACGCUCCAACUGCAGCAGUUCCAACUAUCACCAGUAAACAAGGAAACAAACCUUCAUCAAACGGACAGAAACUCAAACUAACCGUGCCAUAUUCAUCAUACGGCUGUUAUACUAACGGCUUAACAAUACCGUCGCCCAUAGGAUUGUCACCUACAGUGACGUCACCGAGACCUUAUCCAUCAUCCCCUUUGAAUCGAACAUUAUCGUCUUCUCCGACACGGCGAAAAACUUCUUCUCCAUCUCGGCGGAUUCCAUCAACCACAACUAACGGUCGUCUGACGCCCGGGUCGUCAGUGUCCCCCUCCUCUCUAUAUUCAUUAUCCCCUUCUCCCACCAAUCGCUCUUUUCCCACUUCCCCCUCCCCACAUUCAUUUAACCCCACAGCUAGAAUUCUACAAACGUCGCCUCUUGCCCGCCAUAUGUCUUCAUCAACAGGAAGGAUAUUCUCGUUUCCAGAACGAGGUCCGCCCAUUUCCCACAUGCCAAUCACUGUGCCCACUGCCCACUCUCAUUUGAAUUUACGACUAAACACGUCACCCCUGUACUCCAACAAUGCAUCUCCUCACAAUGGCGAUUUACCACAGGAUUUAAGUAUUAAAAAGAAAACCUCGUCUAUUGAUGACAGCGAGCCGCCAUCUUCGACGCUAAAAAUACCGAUAAAGGUUCCCAUUAAAACCAACGGAUUACCGAAUGGCGAAAUCGAUAAAUUUGCCUUUACUGACGAAGAGGAUGAAAUUUCGCCACUAGCUUCAAGAAAGCUGCAUCCGAUUAAAGCUGAGCCAGGAUCGGGAACUUAAUUUUGUUUGGAAAAAAAAUUUGUGAAAGAUCGCAGCUGUGUUUAAUCUUCUCUCUCUCUCUCUCUAAAGCUGGAUUUACUGCAUUUGGAAUCGAAUUUUGUACAAAGGCGUUAGCCCCAGUAUUUAGCUAUUGUAGUCUUGUAUUGUAGUAUCCCGAGAGGAAAUGUACAAAGUGUGUGAUAAUUCUGUCCCCGCUAAUGUAUGGAAAACAGUUGCUUAUUUAUCGAAUUUGUAAAUAUUCUAAGGAAGGAUGUCUUCGAAUGGGAAAUACGUAUUUCUCCUUGUUAAUUCGUUUGUGUGGUCAUUUAUCUGGUGUCCUUUUUGUAUGCUGUCGUGUGACAUUAACAUAAAAUUGCGCAGUGGAUUAAUUACUUGAACUCACUAAAACCAAAAGUGCUGCAGAUUCAACGCCACAUAUAGUACUUCUGCUAGAAGGGCUAUAGAAAAAACAUAAAUAAUUCCAAAUGUUUCAUAUGGAUUUUUCAAUUUAAAAUCCAUUACAUAUAUUGUUGUACAGAUAUCACAAGCCGCGAUUAGAUAUGAAUUUACAAAUGUUAAUAGAGGGGGAAGCUUGUAAGUAAGGAUUGUGUUUUUCUCUCUUUUUUGUAUCCAUAGUUUCUAUCAAACCUUACGUACACAACGAUCUCAGGUUCGUCUUAAAGAAUGUGAGGGUCAAAAUUAGCAAAAGUAUUCUUACCAAAAUAUUAUUUAAUUCAUAAAUUUAUUUUUGGUGUUAAUUUCAACAUUAAAAUACUUUCUUAAUUUGUUUCAAAACUGCUGUAAAGAUACAAAAUCUGCUUAAAAACAGAAAGAAAGAUGUGGAGUUGUUUAAAUGGGAAAAAACAAAAUUUUAUCAUAUUUUUUUCUAUGUAAUUUUUGGUAAUUGUCUAAAACAGAAAAACAAGAAUAGCAACAAAUAAUAAUGUUAUUAGCUCAUUGAGAUUUCAUAUAUUCUCUAAUGAAAAGUAAUUCGUCGCUGAAAAAAAAAAACUUUAUUCGUACAGUAUAGACAAAUAUCCAGGCCGUCACGUAGAAUUAUAAACCUUGCCUAAGUUCCGCAGAGCCUACUUUCCCAUUAAGUUAAUUACGUACUUUCCAGUGACUUGCUUAAAAUUAACAUAAAAUUUUGCUGAGUUAACUAAUUUAUAAGGUUAUGUCGUAGUUUGUGUCUCAAAUUAUCAUCGUCUUUCAACAUGAACUUUUGGUAUUCUUUCAGAAUAUACCAAAAUAUUUUACAUACUUAUUAAAGUUUAAAACAAAUCUAUCGAUCGGAAAUGUCAUAUGAAAAAGAAUAUUUUUAGCAUUCAGCGUAUUCUAGGUCACUCGUUGAUUAUAAAGUCGUCACUUUCAAAUACUUUUUAUUGACUGAAUUCAAAAUUUUGAAUUGAUUGGAUUGAGGUAAAUAAAGGAACAUACCACAUGAUAUUUAUAUACAGAAAGCCAAAAGCUGUUAUUUAAAUGGUUAGAUUUGAAUAUGAGUAUUUUUAUUUAAUAGUUUGUUGAUAACUAUUGUGAUUUGGGGAGAUAUGCGUAUGGGCUUGUGAUAGUAUUUGUUUUUAUCUGUUGUUUGUUUAUCAUUAUGUUUGUGUUGUAUAAAUUCAGAUGAUAUCGAAACAAUUACGUACCUGUGCAAAUCAAAUAAAACGCUUUGAGUAUGACUGUU